GUGAGCUCGCAGACCAGUUAGUGUUCGGAGGUGACCGCGUUCGGUUGGUUUAGUUGGAUCGAGCUGGCACAAGUCGAGGUGUUACGUCGUGUGUGAAACGAACAAACUAUACGAAGGGUUUCCCCCCACUAAAGUUCCGGGAGCCCACGACACGAAGGCACAGUGCCUGAAUGCCUGAAUGCUAGAGAAGACAACGAUUGCAGCCGGGCGCGUUCGCUAUAUUUCUGGGAGCUUUGUGCGUGAGCGAAAACAACAAUGGCGUAAUUAAGGGGUUAAUAAUGUUCCGCAAUUGUCACGUACGAUGACGAGCUGAGAACGGCAGUGGUGAUGGUGAAAAAUAAGUAAGUGAAUGGAAUGAGGAAAUUUUCGCGAUUCGUUUUUGUGUUUUUUUUUUUUUUUUAUUUUGAGAAAUGAAGAGAUUGCUUGCGAAUUGGGAAGUGUUUAGCUUGCAGAAAGUUGUUGGCUGGUACGAAAAUGGAAAAUGCCACAAACAACGAACCUGAUGCAGAUAUCGAUACGUGGUACUGCCCCGCAGGCAAUCCGUUGAAACGGGCGGCGAAACAUGAAUACCAAUGAAGUAGUGUAGUUUCAGUUCGUCGGCUGCGGAGAGUUAAUCUGGUGAUCUACGACGCAUUGCACCGAAACGGGAAGACAGAAAACAGGUGAUCAUCGCUUCAAGGUGAUUUUCGUUUGUUUGCAUGAAUUUUCGAAACCAUACGGAACCUGUUGUACGUGCAUGAAGUGUGAAGUUACGCUCAUAAAAAGUUGGUGAAAAUACGUGGAAAAAAAUAACGGAUAGUUUAUUGGAAACCAUGAUAAACAGAGCUGCUGAACACGUAGAACUCUACCGCCAAGAACCUUACUCAAAAAAAACUAGUGCUCUAGCAUCGUGACCCAUUUUCCACGCAGCAAACGUCCCUAUGAUCAAAGUGAUAAAAAUGAGGAAAAAUUGCGUCAGUUAUCGUAAACCGAAAAAUCACCGAAACGUGGUCAAACUCAGCCUUUUUGCAAUUACGUAAAGUGAGGUUCGUUGUGCCAAAAGAUUGCCACCCCAAGACGGGCAGAAGAAAUGUUGUAAAGUGCGAAGUGCGCGAAGAAAAGUACGCUCUCAGGAAGAAACAAAACUCGUUUUAUUGCAUCAGGUGCGAAAAUAAUAUUUUGCAUUUCUUAUUGAAGCCACCACGCGCGAGUGUGGCCUUUUUUCGUGAACGAGGACACGAUUUCGUAACAUCACGUCACACCAGUGUAGUGUAUGUAGCAGGAAGAAGAAGAAGACAACUGUUGUGUCCCCAAUACUACCGAACAACAGAGUGCGUUGCUCAGGUCAGUGACCAGAAAAAAUACCCGUGCCAAAUUCGAACGAAAAAGUUGUGAAACAGCGAUCGUCUGCAAACUUUGAACCAUAUGAUCUCAGCAAGCGGUGGUAGGAGGACAUACGCGUGUGUGCGUCACCACAUUCACCCUCUCACCAACGUUCGAAUUCACCACCCCAACUCGUAGUGGUGAAUGAGACUGUCAUCUCUGUAGGAAGGAACAAUCAAAAUGACGCCAUCAUGCGUCGACUACGCGUUCGCCACAGAAAACCGUCACUGGAUUUCGAUGUUCUUUUGGAUAGGCCUAAUGCUGGCACCGGUAGCAGAAUCACAAGAACUGAACACCCCUCCGGUGGUCGUGGUCGACCGAAACUGGCUGAUACGGGAGAACACCACCGUGGGCACUAUGAUCAAGCAAGUUGUUGCCGAAGACAGCGACAACGACGAACUGGAGUUUGGAUUAGAUCCCCUAGGCAAUGGCAUGUUGCAGCCGUUCGUGAUCGACCCCCAGACCGGUUACGUAUACCUGAAUGAAAGUCUUGAAGGAAAAGCUGGACAAAACUUCUUCUUCUACGUAACGGUCACGGACGGUCUAGUCACAUCGAAGAACGAAGUCUACGUUAACAUCCUGAACAAAAAUGCUACCAAUGUUUACAACACACGUGCCUUCACACCGGACGUGAAUCACUUGCGACGGAUCUUACCACCCGGUUUACACCUACCAGGAAUCAGUUCUAUUCCACAGGCACCACCUCCACCUCCACCUUUUCCACCAAAACCGACGCAACCCUUUGACAGCAACCAACAACAACCGUCACUGUCAUCGACAACCAAACAAACGAAAACCUAUCCGGACAGAUCGGAUUCCACCACUGAGGCGUCAUCAGCGGUGUCCGGUAAUGGAACCGUUACCAAGCUCGCACCAGUGUCGACCGAUGGAGCUACAGGCCCAUCGAGUUCGAUACCACCAGUGUCCCAUUCAACUACGACCGGCACUAGAGUCAGCAGUAGUACAGUAAAUCCCAUCCGUGGAAAACCCACCAGCAGCGGCACCGAUGGUCACCAGCUUACGUCCGUCGUUUCGGUGAUCAUCUCGGUGGUAGCCAUCUUCCUAACUGCCGGUCUGAUCGCGGUCUGCAUCUUCCGCAAGUAUCUGUGCGCCAUCAGUAAAACACUCAAAAAGAAGAACAAAAUCGAUAAAGCCAAAAAGUCAAACCAAAGCAAUCUCAGUAGCAAUAUCACCUCGAGCACGACAGCCGAGGACAGCAGGAACUCGAUCGGCAUGAAUCACUGGAGUGGACCGAUGGCAUUCAGCAAUCGCUAUAUAUCGCCCUGGGAUCGGGACCAGAACGGACAUCUGCAGGUCACCUCCCAACUAUCGUCGGCCAGUUCGAACAAUUCGGGUAUGAACGGUUGCCUCAAGGAUCGCUGGGAAUUCCCUCGGCACCGGCUGAAAGUGUUCAACAUCCUUGGCGAGGGUGCCUUCGGCCAGGUGUGGCGUUGCGAGGCGACCGACAUCGACGGCAAAGAGGGCAUCUCCACAACGGCCGUCAAGACCCUGAAGGAAAACGCUAGCGAAGCGGAACGGAACGAUCUACUGUCGGAGCUUCAGGUACUGAAGUCUCUCGAGCCACACAUCAACGUGGUCCGGUUGCUCGGUUGCUGCACCGAGAAGGACCCCAUUUUCGUGAUACUAGAAUACGUCAACAUGGGUAAACUGCAAACGUUCCUGCGGAACUCGCGUGUUGAGAAACACUACGGAAAUACACACGGAAAAUCAAAAAUCCUAACAUCUGGAGAUUUGACCUCAUUUAUGUAUCAAGUAGCGAGAGGAAUGGAUUUCCUAACUUCACGAGGGAUUAUCCAUCGGGAUUUGGCGGCACGAAAUAUCCUAAUCACGGAGGAUCACACUUGUAAGGUUGCCGAUUUCGGUUUCGCUAGAGACAUCGUCACCUCAAAAGUGUACGAGCGGAAGAGCGAAGGCCGCCUGCCGAUUCGGUGGAUGGCCACCGAGUCGCUGUACGACAACAUCUUCACCGUCAAGUCGGACAUCUGGAGCUUCGGUAUUUUGAUGUGGGAGAUUGUCACGCUCGGUUCCACGCCCUAUCCGGGCAUCGCGGCCGCGGAUGUUAUGCGAAAAGUACGGGACGGAUAUCGGCUGGAAAAACCGGAGCACUGUCGCCGCGAGCUGUACAACAUCAUGUUCUACUGCUGGGCCAAAGACCCGAACGAGCGUCCCGAUUUCCCGGAGGUAGUUGAAAUGUUGGACCGACUGCUGCAGACUGAGACGGACUACAUCGAGCUGGAACGGUUUCCCGAUCACAAUUACUACAAUAUGCUCAAUAUGAGCGGCGAAAAGCUGUAACUCGGCCGAGAUUAAAAACCGAAAGGUGACGAUGUAAAUAAUCUUAAAAUUGUGAUAAGUUUGGCAUCUAGUGAACUAUUUAUAUUUACCUGACAAGUCGCCGCGCAAUAAAUUCCGGCUAGUGUGUACAUUGUAUUUUCUCCUGUUAGUAAACGUAUUUCAAAUUGUACAUAUAAUACUAAUAAAAUCGGAUUUUCCACUGAAUCUUAUCA